AUGUUUGUAGUUUUGUCCAGGAAUGCGAAAACGGCUUCCAGUUAUAUCCAACAAUAUUUCGAUGAAUUUAAAGAGACGUGCGAGAUAGACGGAUAUAUCCUUAAAUCAUUGAAGUCAAUAGGAUAUUUGUCUACUUUUUCCAUUACUUCUAGGAAAUAUGAAGUCUUGGUUUGUAAUCGUGUUUGCAAAAAUCAUAAGAGAAAAGAAGCAUACUUUAUUUUCUGGAAAACCUCUCCUGCAAGUCAUCUGAACUCUAUUGUAGUUGAAAAUAUCGGCAUGGUCGCCUGUAAGACCUGGACAAGACAGAACAAGACAGAACAGGACAGAACAAGGAAGAAUAACUGGCAAGGCUGUUGGAGAACGUCAGAACUUGUCAUGACACCGUCGUCUAUUGAAGAAACAGAUGGCCGCAAGGAAAUUACCAGCAACAUCAAUACGUCGUGGUCGCGUUAUCAGCCAAUAGAUUCUGAAUCCAAUACCUUGUAUGUCCAGCCUCAUAUAAAUUUCAAAUGGCUUCACUUUCUUCAAACAGAAGCUGAGAAAAAAGCUCUUAUCACUGAAGAAGUACCGGAAACGGUCACUUAUAAAGCAUACGUGUAUCGCAAACUCAAAGAGCUUUCUUUUGCCGCGUCGUUGAACAGAAAGAACAAUCAACCUCUAAUAUUCGGGAAGAAGCUCCAAAAGAUUCAAUCGUAUAAGUCGACAAUUUCGAACUUUGUCAACACCGUAAAGGCAAGGAUAAGAGAUGGUAUUUUUUGUUCUGUCAAGAAAUCGGUUCAAAUUGACGCUCAAGCAUUUUGGAAACUAGCAAAAGAAUAUGGAAUUGAAGAUUAUCCUAAAGGCUUCAAGAACGAGGAAAUGUUGUUUAGUUUUUAUUACAAGCUUUUCGAUUUCUCCAAAGUUAGCUUUAGAACCAGAAAAAGCCUUUCUAAUGGCAGAAAAACAUUCAAAUAA